UAUGCCUCAGUCGACGCUUCAGAGUUGCGUGGUUUUUAUUUGCUAGAUUAACAUUUUAAUAGAAAAAGACUUUUUCGAAGACAAAAUAUCGCACUUUGUUUCUUUAAAAAACGUUUCUGUUUGUCCCAAGAUGGAAAUGACUUUAUCUUCCUCAGAAAAAUUUGCUAUUAGAAGCGUAUUUCUUUUGUCAUUGCAAGGAUACAUAUAUAAAUUGUCCACUGACACCUCACUAAGUGUCACUUCGGAAAAGAUGGUUGUAAUCGGACAACUGACUUUGGGAGGCUGCAGUAAGUUGUGCGUUGCGAAAGUGAAGACCCGAAACAGCAGCCAUGAAAAUAGAGGGCGCGGGGUUUUAUUCCGGGAGUUUUAAUGCGAAUCGGCCAAAACGUUGUAUUGAUUUAGGUGAAGCAAUAAUUAUUGACUGAACUCAUACAGUUUCCUUCAAUGGUGAGCUGUAACCCCCUGAGAGGGUACACCUGGAGUUUAUCACCACAUGAUGCACAUUGUUGAAGAGCGAGCUCUCGGCACUGCCGGGAUACUUUGGCUGAGCUUCUGGUUCAUAAAAAGGACUGGUCGCGCUGAGCACGCACACUGGUGAAAGCGGGCGAAAUGAUGAGGGGCUUUUGGUGGGGCGGGGUAGGGCUCUGUCAAAUAUACCCAAUCCCCCUCGCCAGACCCGCCUUACUGCAAUUCACAGCGUGGCCUCUCACCGUCAGGCGUGCAACAGGACACUGCCAGUGAAAUCUAGAAAGGACUUUUCUUUUCAUUCUUCGGAACGGAACUAGGCGCAGAAAGUUUCACAGCUAAAGUACAGGCGGGCUGGGGUCGGUAGAGGGAAUCCGUGCCGGCAGAUUCAGUCACGGAUAAAGUGGGGCGGGGGUGUUCCGAUGUGGACUCCCCACACUGGGUGUGAAUUGGAUGGACCGAAUGCAGCCGGUGAGAUAUUGGGAGUAUUGUUUUAUUUGUGCGUGUGUGUGUGCGGGGAAUCAAAGACGCUUCUUGAGAAACGUCGCCCUCACGUCAUCGCAGGGGAUGGUAAGGGGCUGAGCUAUUUUGAAAUGCUGUGAUUGCAGAGUCCCUGCCCGUCUGUGUGUGUGUGUGUGUGUGAGAGAGAGAGGUGCGAGAAUUAAAAGUCGGGGGAGGCGGGGUGGGUGUGUGUGUGUGGAAGGGGGGAGGCUGGGGGGGGGGGGGUGUUGCUGAUCAGGAAAUGCCAGACGCUGCCCUGGCGGAGGUGUCAGAUCACAGCGAGUGCCCUCAGCCGCCCCUCCACCACGAACGAGAGCGGCCCGGCUGAAGAUGACCCUGGUCGGCGAGGAGAACAUCGACGAGUCGGUGGUGUUGACCGCGCUCUCUCAGGGUCACCGCGAUCCCGAGGAGCUGGGGCAGGAAUGCUGCGAGCGGGCGUUCAUCAACAUCUCGGGGCUCCGCUUCGAGACCCAGCUCAGGACCCUGGCCCAGUUCCCCAACACCUUACUCGGCAACCCGAGGAAGAGGAUGCGCUACUUCGACCCCCUGCGGAACGAGUACUUCUUCGACAGGAAUCGCCCCAGCUUCGACGCCAUCCUGUACUUCUACCAGUCGGGAGGGAGGCUGAGGAGACCUGUUAACGUGCCCGUCGACGUUUUCCUGGAGGAGAUCAGAUUUUACGAGAUGGGCGAUGAGGCCAUUGACAACCUCCGAGAGGAGGAAGGUUUCAUUAAGGAAGAGGAGCGGGUUCUGCCCAGCAACGAGUACCAGCGUCAAGUUUGGCUGUUGUUCGAAUACCCCGAGAGCUCGGGAGCUGCGAAAGGGAUAGCCAUCGUCUCCGUCCUGGUCAUUCUCAUUUCCAUCAUCAUAUUCUGUUUAGAGACCCUGCCCGAAUUCAGAGAAGACUCCCACCCGAACCUGAUGAAUUUUGCUGCCAAUGGCACCGAAACCGUGGGGAUGAACUCGUUCACCGACCCCUUCUUCAUCAUCGAGACUCUAUGCAUCGUCUGGUUCUCUUUCGAACUGUUGGUGAGGUUUUUCUCCUCUCCCAGCAAGCCUGGCUUUUUCAAAAACAUCAUGAACAUCAUCGACAUAGUGGCCAUCAUCCCGUAUUUCAUCACCCUGUUCACCGAGUUAGUGCACCACCAAAGCAACGGGCAACAGACCAUGUCCCUGGCCAUCCUCAGGGUCAUUCGGCUUGUUCGGGUCUUCCGCAUCUUCAAGCUCUCCCGUCACUCCAAAGGUCUCCAGAUCCUGGGGAAAACCCUGCAGGCCAGCCUGAGGGAGCUGGGCCUGCUCAUGUUCUUCCUCUUCAUCGGGGUCAUCCUGUUCUCCAGCGCCGUCUACUUCGCCGAGACCGACGACCGUGACUCGAGUUUCUCCAGCAUCCCCGACGCCUUCUGGUGGGCGGUGGUCACCAUGACCACGGUGGGCUACGGCGACAUGUACCCCAUCACCAUCGGCGGCAAGAUCGUGGGCUCGCUGUGCGCCAUCGCCGGCGUCCUGACCAUCGCCCUGCCCGUGCCCGUCAUCGUCUCCAACUUCAACUACUUCUACCACCGGGAGAACGAGCAUGAGGACCAGGCUGAGUAUCUGCAUGUCAGCAGCGGGCAGCAGACAGCUUCCCUGAGCCGCUUCAAAGCGAGCGACCAGUCCGUGGACAAAAGCGAGAACCUGGAGGCAGAGGACAACGUGGACGCGUUGUUCCUGGGUCCCCACCAGUACCCCGGCUACACCCCGACCAAACAGAAACCCCUAGCCAAGAAAAUAUUCACUGAUGUAUGAUCAAAGGGAGAGGAAAGGACGGGGAGGGGUUAACUCGGGUGUUGGGAUCUGAGGAGAAGGGGGAAUUGAACACAAACGGAGAAACCCUACAUUCAGUGUUUUCAGUCACAUUAAAAGAAACGUCUGAUAGUCAGCCUCAACCCAUGGAAGCUAAAUAUUUUUGAACCAAUACAUGUGUGACAGAAUUACAUCUAGGCGAGGGAGGGAGGGGGAGCAUCGAAUUGAAAAACAAAAGUCUUCCUUUUUUUAGCUUUGCUGUCAACGUCUGUAGUUUAUUUUACAGUUUUUUCCUGUGGUUUAAUGCGACUUGCCCGCCAUUUUUUGUUGCACUGGUCUUGACACAUUUCACGAAAGGUUAACCUUCAAUGUGUGUCAGUUGAGUUGAACGAAAAGGAACCGUGCGGCAUCUUUUCUCUUUAAAAAGAAAAACGAUUACCUUCUAUCACUCCCCCCGCCUCCCCUUGCUUCCUUCCCGCUAAUUGCGUAUCACUUCAUGGGAGAGGAGGGGGCAUUUUUUUCAUGGGGGAGAAAUGGGGGACGCGGGGAGUGAAGGGGGCGAAUUCUCCUGCCUGGGAGCAUGUAUCUCCGGCGGGUGGGGGAAGAGGAAGAGGAGGGGGAUUUAGACAUCAUGACCCAUCCAACCUCUCAACCUGCCCUGAGGAGAAUGGGGAGGGGGGGGGGUGACAGAAACGAGGGUUUUGAAUUGUCAAAACAAAAGGAAAAGGAAGCUAACGGGGGCGGGGGGAGAACCAAAUAGCAAUCAAGUAGAGAGAGAUUAAAGUGCAAAAUUGAAAGCCGGAGCAACACACGCAGCUGUUGCUAUCUUCUACAUUCCUAGAAGUGAAAAACCAAACCGGAAGCCAUUUCCAGCACUCAUCUGACUCUUAAUUUAAUGUCGUUUCCAACACGUUUUAUUACAAUAGCUGAAUCUAUUUGACAGACUUUUCCCUGCGCCACUCUCUGAGCUGUGGGUGCGAGGGAAGGCUAAAAAUCAGCUCGCACUUUUGCUUUGUUCACCUCCCAUCGGCAUUCGUGUGUUGCAUCGCUUUUUUUACAAAAAAAACUCUCAACAGUUGAGGAAGAAAUGGGGACUGUUGCCUUCUUGCGCAGGUGGAUUUAUGUUUACAUAGGGUUG